UUCUCUCUACCUGGGAAACGUGUUUCCUCUGGAGAUGGACUACCUACGCUGUGCUGCAGGCUCAUGCAUCCCUUCAGCCAUCGUGAGCUUCGCUGUCUCGAAGAGAAGUGUCAGCGCGAUCCCCAACUUCCAGAUACUGUUCGUGUCCACGUUUGCUGUCACCACCACCUGCCUGAUCUGGUUCGGCUGUAAGCUUGUCCUGAACCCGUCAGCAGUAGAUAUCAACUUCAAUCUGAUUCUGCUGCUUCUGCUGGAGCUCUUCAUGGCGGCCACAGUGAUCAUCUCUGCACGGUCCAGUGAGGCGCACUGCAAGCAGAAGAAAGGUUCCAUCUCUGAGACCACCAACAUUCUGUGUGAAGUGACAUUUCCUGCUCGGGUCCUGAAAUCCUACUCUGUCAUCGAGGUGAUUGCAGGGGUCUCCGCCAUCCUCGGAGGGAUCAUUGCUCUGAACGUGGACGACACCGUCUCGGGCCCGCACCUCUCGGUUACGUUCUUCUGGAUCUUAGUGGCUUGUUUCCCAAGCGCCAUCGCCAGUCACGUGACGGCGGAGUGUCCCAGCAGGCCUCUGGUGGAGGUGCUGAUCGCCGUCUGCAGCCUGGCGGCCCCGCUGCUGUUCACGGCCUCUGGGUACCUGUCCUUCAGCAUCAUGAGAAUCAUGGACGUUUUCAAAGACUACCCACCAGCCUUCAAGCAAUCCUACGACGCGCUGCUGCUAAUGCUGAUGCUGGAGCUGCUGCUGCAGGCGGGCCUCAACACAGCCACGGUCAUCCAGUGUGUGCGCUUCAAGGUGGGCGCGUCCUGGGACGCCGCGGGCGCCCUGCCCAGCCCGCAGGAGCGCCCGGUGGCCGGGGAGGUGGCCAGAAGCCCCCUGAAGGAGUUCGACAAGGAGAAAGCGUGGAGAGCCGUCGUGGUGCAGAUGGCCCAGUGACCGCACACGGGCCGCCAAGGC